UCGGCUCACGAUACAUCAGACCAAACAGACAACAAGAAACAAAAUUUGUGUAACGUUUGCGUUAGAGUGUUCAGAUAGCAGCACCAACAUUACGUCAAUAAUUAAAAGAAACAGUGCUUGAAAAUUCGCAAAUUUCACGGUAAAUGGUGGUGAUGUAAGAGGUUAUGUGUUUUUAUCACAAGAACCAGAGAAUGAUAUACUCGUCGUAAUCAAACAUUUUUUCUUUCACCGUAAAACAUUAUGGUGUUAGUCUGUGACAAGUCAACGGGGAAUGUAAUGUAAAUAUCUCCGAUGACAUGUGUAGUGUUAAAGCAUGGUUGUCACGCCACGAAAGAUGAAACAGGUUGCCUUUUCCGUGAUUUGUAUAAUAUUAGUGUUAGGAUUUUACAAAACGUUCGUUAAUCCAGAAGAUGAACAAUCUUUCGCCCGACUUCAUCCACGAAGUCGUAAAACUCAACUAGAAGAUAUAAACGAAAUGGACACUGUUAAUGAAAAAGUUCAAAAAGCUGAUGAAAGUAUGCGUUAUACCGACAUCAAAGAUAUCGAAGAAGCGAAAACACGAAUUCAUGAAUUAGAAGGAAAACUUCAACAUCUUGAAGCUAAAAUUGAGAACAAAGUGUCAAAAGACUUUCCAACAGUUAAGUUUCUUAAUUAUAAGAACCGGAAAAGAAUAUUAGUCACAGGUGGAGCAGGUUUUGUUGGAUCACAUUUAGUUGACCGUUUAAUGUUUGCUGGUCACGAGGUGAUAGUUGUAGAUAAUUUUUUUACUGGAAGAAAACGUAACGUCGAACAUUGGGUUGGCCAUGAAAAUUUUGAACUUGUUCACCAUGAUAUCGUCAGACCACUCUAUUUAGAAGUCGAUGAAAUAUAUCACCUUGCUAGUCCAGCUAGUCCACCACAUUAUAUGCUUAAUCCGGUUAAAACGAUAAAAACAAAUACAUUAGGUACAAUAAAUAUCUUAGGUCUUGCAAAACGGGUAGGAGCAAGAGUUUUAAUAGCUAGUACAUCUGAAGUGUACGGUGAUCCUAAUGAACAUCCUCAGUCGGAAACAUAUUGGGGCAAUGUGAAUCCCAUAGGACCAAGAGCUUGUUACGAUGAAGGAAAACGGGUAGCCGAAACGUUAAGCUAUGCGUAUAUGAGACAAGAGGGUGUUUCGGUACGCGUUGCCCGAAUUUUCAAUACAUUUGGUCCAAGAAUGCAUAUGAAUGACGGUCGUGUAGUAUCAAAUUUUAUAUUACAAGCAUUACAGAAUGAUUCUAUUACGAUAUAUGGUAGUGGAAAACAGACGCGGUCUUUUCAGUAUGUAUCUGAUUUAGUCGAUGGAUUAGUUGCUCUAAUGGUGUCUAACUAUACUCAACCGAUUAACAUUGGAAAUCCUGUCGAGCAUACGAUAGAAGAAUUCGCCCUUAUAAUAAAGGAUCUAGUCGGUACAAAUAGUAAAAUAGUAGAACUUGCCGCAGUCGAAGAUGAUCCACAACGAAGAAGACCUGAUAUUUCCAGAGCUAAGAAAUAUUUGAAUUGGGAACCUAAAGUUCCUCUAGCUGAAGGACUUAAGAAAACGAUAAUAUAUUUCGGCAAAGAGUUACAGAGAACAAAGCAUUCUCAAAAAAGUAGAUUCAAACAAUCUUCUUACAAGAAUGAUCACGAUAUAGUAGAACAACUUUGAAGAACAAAAUAUCGAUACGAUUAAUUUAUCUACUUUUAAGAAAGUGGUUUUGGAAAGUGCCAUUAUGCUAUGGACCAUUAUGUGCCAAACGAUUCC